AUGCAUUUCACAAAGCUCGACGACUCUCCUAUGUUCCGCAAGCAGAUACAAUCACUGGAGGAAGAUGCUGAAUCAUUGAGGGAGAGAAGUUUAAAGUUCUAUAAAGGAUGUAGAAAAUACACUGAAGGGCUUGGGGAGGCUUAUGAUGGGGACAUUGGUUUUGCUAGUGCUUUAGAAACUUUUGGUGGAGGGCAUAAUGAUCCUAUCAGUUUGGCUUUUGGAGGCCCUGUUAUGACCAAAUUUACUAUCGCCUUGAGAGAAAUUGGAACAUACAAGGAAGUCCUCCGAUCCCAGGUUGAGCACAUGCUGAAUGACAGAUUACUACAAUUUGUCAACAUUGAUUUGCUUGAGGUGAAGGAAGCAAGGAAGCGUUUUGACAAGGCUAGCCUUCUUUACGACCAGGCUCGUGAGAAGUUUCUGUCACUGAGGAAAGGCACGCGGUCUGAUGUAGCCACCCUUUUAGAGGAGGAGCUUCAUAAUUCAAGGGCUGCAUUUGAGAAAGCUCGCUUUAAUUUAGUAACUGCUAUUUCUAGUGUUGAAGCAAAAAAGAGGUUUGAAUUUUUGGAAGCAGUCAGUGGCACAAUGGAUGCUCAUCUUCGUUACUUCAAACAGGGCUAUGAGCUUUUGCAUCAAAUGGAGCCAUACAUUCAUCAGGUUUUGACUUAUGCUCAACAAUCAAGAGAAAGGUCUAACUAUGAGCAGGCAGCUCUCAAUGAAAGGAUGCAAGAGUACAAGAGGCAGAUUGAUCGUGAGAGUAGAUGGUCUUCCAAUGGUUCUAAUGGAUCUCCAAAUGGAGAUGGUAUACAAGCCAUUGGUAGAAGUUCGCACAAAAUGAUAGAGGCUGUUAUGCAAUCUGCUGCAAAGGGGAAGGUUCAAACUAUCAGACAAGGCUAUCUGUCAAAACGAUCCUCAAGCUUGAGAGGUGACUGGAAAAGAAGAUUUUUUGUUCUUGAUAGCCGAGGAAUGCUUUAUUACUAUCGCAAACAGUGCAGCAAACCUUCUGGUUCUGGCAGUCAACUUUCUGGUCAAAGGAAUAGCUCUGAGCUUGGAUCUGGAUUGUUGAGUCGAUGGCUCUCUUCUCACUAUCAUGGUGGAGUGCAUGAUGAAAAGUCUGUUGCUCAUCACACUGUGAACCUUCUUACAUCAACAAUCAAAGUCGAUGCAGACCAGUCAGAUCUGCGAUUUUGCUUCAGGAUCAUUUCACCAACGAAGAACUACACCUUGCAGGCAGAGAGUGCACUGGAUCAGAUGGAUUGGAUUGAAAAGAUAACAGGGGUUAUUGCUUCACUACUUAGCUCUCAAGCUCCUGAGAGGUGUCUCUCGGCUAGUCCCCUGGGAAGCGGUCACCAUCGGUCUGCCAGUGAGAGUAGUUCAUUUGAAAGUACUGAUUUUGAUCCUUCUGCUGUUGAUGAAUAUACAUCUGAGAGGAGCCUUGCCACUUUACAUCAUGAACGAACAUUGAGAAGUUCACAACAGCAACGAACCAGUGCAGAGAAGCCAAUUGAUGUGUUGCAAAGAGUUUGUGGAAAUGAUAAAUGUGCUGAUUGUGGUGCCCCUGAACCAGAUUGGGCGUCUUUAAAUCUCGGAGUUCUUGUUUGCAUUGAAUGUUCUGGUGUUCACCGUAAUCUUGGUGUACAUAUAUCAAAGGUAAGGUCACUUACACUUGAUGUCAAGGUGUGGGAGCCUUCGGUCAUAAGUUUGUUCCAGUCUCUGGGCAAUGCCUUUGCUAACUCAGUCUGGGAGGAGUUAUUGCAAUCUAGAAAUGCCUUGCAGGUUGAACUCAUCCCCACAGGCUCGUUCAAGUCUGAUAAAGCGCAGCUUCUCGUUAUCAGCAAACCCAAUCCUGCUGACUCUAUAUCAGUAAAGGAGAAGUUUAUCCAUGCAAAGUAUGCAGAAAAGGUAUUUGUUCGCAAGCCUAGAGACAGCCAAAAUACUCAAUCAGUGGCACAACAGAUCUGGGAAGCUGUUCGUGCGAAUGACAAGAAGGCUGUAUACCGCCUUAUUGUUAAUCAUGAAGCAGAUGUCAGUGCUCUGUAUGACCAAGCAUCUUGUAGCUCUUCCCUAACACUUGCUAAAGCAAUGCUAUUGCAAGAGCAGGCCAAACCUGACCAUUGCUGUAGCUACUACUCACCAGGGAAUUCGUUGGAUAGGUCUUCCACUAGCUCUUUAAAAUUUCCAGUUACUAGUGAAGGCCAGACCAUGGAUGAUCUAGAUGGGUGUACCUUGCUUCACCUUGCUUGUGAAACUGCCGACAUUGGCAUGCUAGAACUCCUCUUACAGUAUGGUGCAAGUAUAAAUUCAACCGAUUCGAGAGGUCAGACGCCACUCCACCGUUGUAUUCUUAGAGGCAGCGCUGCAUUUGCAAAAUUGCUCUUGACAAGGGGAGCAGAUCCACGAACUGUCAAUGGUGAAGGUAAAACCCCGCUUGAACUUGCAAUAGAGUCCAACUUUGAUGAGAGUGAGAGUGGUAGGUUGCAUGCCUGCUCCAGGGGCAUCUCUGCAAAACUAGUUGCUCAAGGUUGUAUUGAUAAUGCCCCCUUGCUCGUUUUGUUACUUUUUGUGGUGGAGUUAAGAGGACUUAGAUUUGUCGGACUUGAGAAAUAUCAGGUGGUUCGUGAUUUGCUUAAGGAUUUGAUGGACUCAAUUCUAGGGAGCCGUUACCAAAUGGCUCAAACACAGGGUCCGAUGUUUCGCUUUCGGCCUCGUGAUAGGGACACGAGGGAUGCAACUACUUACGUGGCAAUGGACCCCGCUCUAUUCUGGUCUUCUGAAAGGCGGGAAGGGAAGGGCAAGGGAAGUUUUGUCCUCCAGAGAAAGAGAAACAAAUGA